AUGAGCUCCGGAUACAAGACCAAGGGUGGAAACUCCGCUUUCCAUAAUCAUAUUAAUGACUUUGCUCACAUCGAAGAUCCGAAAGAGAGGAGAAGACUCGCUUUACAGUCAAUCGAUAAUGCAAAGUUCUCCUGGUACCAUGUUAGAGCCAUUGCCGUCGCCGGUGUAGGUUUCAUGACUGACGCUUACGAUAUUUUUGCUAUUAAUUUGGGUCUGGCUAUGUUGGUUUUCGUCUACUGGGGAGGAUCAAUUCCCGAUUCUACUCAGACAUUAUUGAAAGUUUCGACCUCUGUUGGAACUGUUAUCGGACAGUUAGGUUUCGGUUGGGCUGCUGAUUUCUUUGGAAGAAAGAAAAUAUAUGGUUUGGAACUGGUUAUCAUGAUUUUUGCUACUGUUCUUCAGUGCACUGUUGGUGAAUCCAAAGCCAUUUCCUUCCCAGCAAUUUUGACCUUUUAUCGUAUUAUAAUGGGAAUUGGUAUCGGAGGAGAUUAUCCAAUGAGUUCCAUUAUAUCUUCUGAAUUCUCAUCCGUUAGAUGGAGAGGAUUAACUAUGGGUGCUGUCUUUGCUAACCAAGGUUGGGGUCAAUUAUUGGCUGGACUGGUUGCUUUGAUCUGUAUUGCCGGAUACAAAGAUGAUUUGAUCACUGCCAAAAAUGGAGCCGAAUGUGGGUAUGCGUGUCAAAAGGCCUGUGACCAAAUGUGGCGUAUUCUGAUUGGUUUUGGUUGUGUUCCUGGAGUGGUCGCUUUAUAUUUCAGAUUGACGAUUCCAGAAUCCCCAAGAUACACCUUUGAUGUUACGCACGAAAUUGAAAAAGCCGCCUGUGACACCAUGAAGUUUACGUCUGGUCUCCAUGGAGCAGCCACAGAAGACGAUAUUGUCAUCUUGAGAAAUGCUAAGCAACUAGCUUUGGAAGUGGAACAGGAAGAACUUAAGAAGACAGCUGAGGAAAUCAAGUCAAGAAAAGUCAACUGGCACGAUUUCUACCAUCAUUAUAAACACUGGAAACAUGGAAAGAUUCUCAUUGGUACCGCAGGUUCGUGGUUCAUGUUGGAUAUUGCAUAUUAUGGACUGGGAUUGAACACUGCUGUGAUUCUGCAAACCAUUGGUUAUGCCAAGAAUGACAAUGUUUACAACAAACUAUUCAACUCUGCCGCAGGAAAUCUGAUUCUGAUCUGUGCCGGUUCUAUCCCUGGUUAUUGGUUCACGGCCUUUACCUGUGACACGCUUGGCCGAAAACCACUACAGAUUGUUGGAUUUAUUCUACUGACUAUGAUUUUCUGCAUCAUUGGAUUUGGAUACCACAAGAUCGGGGAACAUGGAUUACUGGGAUGCUACAUUGUUGCCCAAUUCCUUCAAAACCUCCCCAAUACCACAACUUUCAUCGUUCCCGGAGAAUGUUUCCCCACAAAAUUCAGAAGUACAUCCCAUGGUAUCAGUGCUGCUUCUGGUAAAGUGGGAGCCAUUAUUGCCCAAACGGUUAUCGGAACCCUGACCAAUCACGGCUGUUCCAAGGAAGAGCCAAACUGUUUCCUUCCACACGUUAUGGAGAUUUUCGCUCUGUUCAUGUUGCUAGGAACGUUUACUUCGUUGCUGAUCCCUGAAACGAAACGCAAGUCGCUUGAGCAGUUGAGUUACGAGCUACACGGAGACGGAGACGACCCUGAGUCCUCCAACUCCAAUACAGACAUUGAUUCUGAAACAAAUAUCAUUGGUAAUGAUAAAGUUUAA